UGUUCCACAUAAUUACGAGAGAAACUGCUGUGUUUAGGACCUGGAGGACGCGGCGUCACUGCAGGGAGCUUCUGCAGAGACAGACAGAAACACAGACAGACAGACAGACAGACAGACACACAGACAGACAGGCUGUUUACCAGCUCACAGCUCAAAACAAGAGCACGACUGCGCUGUGUUUGGAGAGCAGUGUGGCUCCAUUUACCACAGGCUCUUCCCUUUAAACAGAUCGUUUUCGUUUCGAGUCAUCAUAAAUAAUAAUUCUUCUUGUUGUAGACAGCAUCUACGAAUGAAAAUGUUUCAACUGCUGUACUUUGUGUUUCUGCUGAGCUCUGGUUUGGUGGACUGUUGGUCUGUUGUUGAAGGUGAUUUGUUCCCCCCAGAGUGUGUAAGAUCUAAUGGAGAGGACUAUAGGGGAAUUCAACAGAAGACAUCCACAGGGAAUAUCUGCCUCAACUGGAAGAGUCUCAACUCACAGACAGAUGUUGGAGAUCACAAUUUCUGCCGCAACCCAGAUGGUUCAGAGAAGCCCUGGUGCUAUGUCUCCGGGUCCGAUGGAGCAACCAGAAAAGAAGCAUGUGAUAUUAGGACAUGCCAAGACCAAAACUCCACAGAAGCCACAACUCCAGAAGAGUCGGUCCCCACUCAGGGACUCACCCCAAGGAUGGUGGAAACCUUCGAAAACGCUGACUCCUUCCCCUCGCAGGUGGAGGGUGCGGCGGUGCAGCCCGUGAAGGGAGUCCAACAGCAGGUCAGGAGUGGACCCAAGAAGAAGAAAGACCUUGGGACUCUCGGUUAUGUUCUGGCCGUCUUCAUGAUGGCCAUUAUCAUCCUACUUGGAGGUGGCAUCACAAUGGGAUACUUCUACAAACGGGGUCGUGACCUCAAGAAACAGCACGAGCAGCGGGUUUAUGAGCGUGAGAUGCAUCGCAUCACUCUUCCUCUCUCAGCCUUUGCCAACCCCACCUGCGAGCUGGUGGACGAGAACACCAUCGUCAUCACGGCUGAACCCAACAACCAGACCCCCACUCAGGAGCCCGUCGAGGGGGCCGACCCCCUCAUGGGGACAGCAGGGACCCCUGGAGCCUGAUGGAGGAACAGGAUGAGCACCUGGAAAGGUGUCUUGUUAAGACAUGUCUAUGCAGUAUUGCAGAAUCUCAGAGGACCAAACCCCAUGUCCACCUUCCCUCUGCCUGUCGUCUCUUUUCUCUUUACCUUGCCUUUACAGCACGGUUUCACAGUAAAGGUAGGGCAUAUGCCUUGAGAGAGCGGUGGAAAGCUUUUU